UUUUUAAAAUUCAGUUCUGUGUUCUCAUUCCCUGAUCAAUUAGCUGUUGAUCUUCAGCACAUCGGGAAUGACUGCUGCUUCGCGCAUUGACAUUAGACUUGGUUCGAAAUUUCCCAUCUACAUUCGGCGAUUGUCGGGCCGCCAAAAUUUUGCUAGAUGUUCAUCCUUGGUUGACUGGACAUCUGAAGCGGUUCGAUCAACAUUUCUGCAAUUCUUCAUAAGAAAUCAUGGUCACAAACACGUUGCUUCUUCCUCUGUCGUUCCGUGGCAAGAUCCAUCCCUGGCGUUCGUGAAUGCGGGUAUGAAUCAAUUUGAUCUCGGUUUAUUCUAUCAGUUCAAGAACGUUUUUCUCGGGCUGCGUCCACCUCCUUACGCAGCUGUCGCCAAUUCGCAGAAGUGCAUCAGAGUGGGUGGUAAACACAACGAUUUGGAGACUGUCGGGAAGGAUGGCUAUCACCAUACGUUCUUCGAAAUGCUCGGUAACUGGUCAUUCGAUGCUUAUGGGAAGGAGGAGGCCUGUAAGCUUGCGUUGAGUUUGUUGGUAGACGUCUAUGGGAUAUCCAAAGAUCGACUGCUCUUCACUUAUUUUGGUGGAGACUCAAAGUUAGGGCUGCCGAGUGAUACCGACACAAAAGAACUUUGGAUUAAAUUGGGGGUUCCCGCGGAGAGGAUUUUGGAAUUCAGUGCAACGGAAAAUUUUUGGGUCAUGGGCUCCGUUGGUCCGUGCGGUCCGUGUACUGAAAUUCAUUACGAUCAUGUUCCCGGUCGGCCUUUAUCGCAGGCCGUGUCUUUAGUGAAUAAGGGGGAAUCCUCUCUAACGGAAUUGUGGAACAUCGUGUUCAUCAAAUACAACAGGAACGAAGAAGGCGUUUUGCUUCCGCUCCAGAAAACGUUCAUUGAUACUGGAAUGGGUUUGGAACGCUUACUCGCCGUCCUCAAUCGAACAACGUCGAAUUAUGAUUCGGACCUGUUCGCGCCGAUUUUCGAGCUCGUUCAAAAGGUGUUGAACGAUAUUCUGGAAGCUUUACGCACCAUUCCGAUCUCGACGAAAGCUAUAGAAUCAUCGCUGAUCAUGCGCGCAUGUUUACUGUUGCCACAGCUGAUGGAUUGUUACCUUCGGCGAGGUGAUAUAUUGUUACCUUCGGCGAGCCAGAAGUUGAGGAAUGUCAUCCAUCGAUUCUGCCAUCAUUCGCAGAAGUCAUUCGGAUUACCUGGCGCCGAAAUAAUACCAUCGGUUUGUGACGUGGUGAUAGACAGCUUGAAAUCAGGGUAUCCAGAGCUACCACGCUCACGAACACCAACGAUUGCUGUUCUAUUGAACGAAGCGAGAAGAUACGAAGCGAUCAAAUCGGCUGCUCGUGCAGCCGUUUCAUCUAUAGGUGGUCAAAAAGCGAUUGAUGAUCUUGGAGUGGAGAAAAUUCACGAGAAUAUGGGGUUACCCCAGUUGAUCGAGGAAUUUAAUCGUUUGAUCCGAUUGGGUCAAUUCGUUGACGGAACUGUGCCAUUAGCUGAAUCAUGCAGGCUCUGUCUAGCGCAUGAUGUGUCGCCGGAUUUGUUCAAAAAAAUCUGUGUCUUGAAAAAUUUACGAUGUGACGUAAAAGCCUUGGAAAGCAGGCUGGGCGAUGCGCGGCAGAAUACCGAAGGCGACGCAGGAAUGUCAUCAAAUUUUCGAUCGCUCAAUCGGCUACGGUCGUUGAUGGUGGAAGCAAAUAUUCCUCCGACGGAUGACUCUUUGAAAUGGUCGUACACUUUCGACGAAACGCAGUCUCUAUAUCGCACGCUAUCGGUGCGAGCGAAGAUUCUGUUUGCGUUAGGUAAAGACUUCCAAAGCCGAAAUCGUUAUCUUGAGAACACCGAAGUAGUCUUUGUGUUGGAUUAUUCUCCCUUUCAUCCCGAGGCUGGUGGGCAAGUCUCUGAUACAGGAUUCGUUCGCUCUAGUCAAGGAUUGAUUCGUGUGGAUAACGUGUAUGCUGUUGGCGGAGCUCAUGUUGUUCAUGAAGGUACUGUUCUCAUCGGUUUUUUCGAAAUUGGACACGAUGUUAUGGCUGAAGUCGAUCCGGAAAGGAGAACGAAAGUGACAUGCAAUCAUACUGGUGUUCAUUUAUUGAAUGCCGGUCUUAGAAAGGUUUCUGAACACGAUUCGGUGAUAUCUCAGAAAUCUAGCUGGGUUGGACCUGAUUAUGCCAGGUUUGAUUUCGGUUUCAACAAGGAUAUAUUCAAACAGCAGGCGUUGGAUGAAACCGAUGAAAUACUGAAAGUAGAGGACUGGGUGAACGCUGUUAUUGCCGAGAACCGACCGGUUAACCGGACAGUCACUUCCUGGUCGCAGAUCCGGGAUUUGCCUGGUUUGGUGACUGUUCCUGGGGAAGUUUAUUCAGAAAACAAUGUCUACCUUAUUGAAGUCGACAGAAUUUCUCGGGAACCAUGCUGUGGUACCCACGUGCGAAUGACGGGACACAUGGGGAAGUUUCGGAUUAUUCAAAACAGAUCCGUUCAGUUGGGUGUUCGCAGUGUGAAGUUUGUUACCGGAGCGAAUGCGGAAAUCGUGGACGAAAACGAUAUGAAAUACUCGAUUCAAUUUCGGGAAUGUUGGAAAAGAGUCCAGGAAGAACAAGAUACGAACCCGUUGGUCGCUUUGGAGACUUUGAAAGAAGUUAGAAAGCUAUUCAAGAAUGUCCAGGAUUCCAUUUCUUACAGAAAGAAGCGAGAAUUUGAUUCUGAGUUGUCCGCUGCCGCUGAUUCUGUUCGGAAAACCGUAAAUAAACGCAUUGUCGUUUUGAUGAAGGAUAUGGUGGAGCAGAUCGUGAAAAACAGUGAGGGCUCUUCAAGUUUUCCUGCGGUUGGUUUUCUGGACUUCGGACCAGAAUGUUGUAACUUAGACGUUCCAUUAAUAAAAGCAACACGCCUGUGUCCAGGAAAGCUGCCUGUUGCACUGUUCGCGAUUUCUAAAAAUCGAAUAACUGGAAGAUGCGUCGUGCCCGAAACUUGCCAAAGCGCCACUUUUACUGCUGAGAAAUGGAUGAUGCCAUUGGCUGAGUUUUUUAAAGCCGAAUUAAAGCCACCGAAGGGACAAAAUGGUGCUCAAGUAGUCGGGCUGAAAGGACCGUGUAUCUCUUCUUCGACUGACUUUGACGAGCUCAAGCGUUCCUUGCUAGCUGGAGUUGACUUGACCAAAAAAGUUUUCGUAGAAUUAUCACCUGGAUUUGGCUUGAAAGAGCAUACUGUGAACUGAGAUACUGGUGCAAUAGUUCAGUUCUGCCGUGCUCGUCUUAUUUAUAGUUCGCCCGAAA